AUGCAGUGCCUCGGGAGCCCUUCUGUGUGCAACUGUAGCAAAAUUUUAUUCUAUAUAGAUGUUGCCCCACCUACAAACCCUAAUAUAAAAGGUAAUUGCACAAACUGUGUGAAGCUCUGUUACAAGAUCACCUUCCUGCAGGUACAAGAGUUGGCUGAAGGGGCUGUGUCUUGGUGCUCUGGCCAUGGUGGGCGAGCUCCUAAGAAAGAUAUUAUCUCGAAAAUGGCAAAGCUGGGUGGCAGAGGGAAACACGCUCAAAAUGCAGAGCGAGAUCUUCAAACUGCUAUACGCAUCUACGGGCGUGCUCUUGGUUGCAAGAUCGAGAACUGCGAAGUGAGGAUGUGGGAUCCUCGGGACAACGUCGUCGUAUCUGUGCAACUACCAGUUCUGUUUCCAGAUUCACUGGCCAGGGCGAUCUGGAAGUAUAACCCCGAGGUGUUUGAGAAUAUGUUUUUGGGGCCUGGCGGUGCCAAUGCUGCAAAGCUGUUCUGGGAUAAUGCGAAGCGCAACUGCCCCUGGUAUCCUCCCAACGUCAAAGAAACUGAACAUGCUGGCCUUAUUCCACUUUCUCUUUACGGAGACGAUGUGCAGGCUUACAGGAAUUCGGAUCCUGGGGCAAUCAGUGCCAUCGGCUGGUGCAGUGAUUUCGGGCGUGGCAACGAAGCCUUUCUUCACUAUAUGUUGUGCACUGUGUUUUCUGAAUACUGUGCUUGCGAGCACACCUACCGGGAUUUGAUGCAGGCCCUGCUGCCACGCUUCCAUGAUAUGUGUGAGGUGGAUCCGCAGAAAAACCCGUGGUGCUCUCGUGGUCUUCGAUUUGUCUUGACUGGGGUGCAAGGCGAUUUGAAAUGGCUGCUAACUGUGUCAGGAAAAGUCAUUUCGUUUUGGCUUGCAAGCCGAUGUAUGGAACGAGGUCAGCGAGAUGGUGCAUCGGACGUCGAGAAGCUCGUGGCUUUGUGCACGCAGUCUUAUGCUUCGAUGCUGAAGAUGAUGGAUGAGGCGCCCUUGGUUAUGAGUCGAGACCAAGCUGAUCGUUUGUACGAUGCUGGCAUUCGCCACCUUCAAACAUACGCCCGGCUUCGUGCUCUGAGUGCUGAAGUUACACGAGGAAAAACCCCGAACAGAAGCUCAUGGACGAUCUUGCCAAAACAUCAUCAUCUUUGGCAUGCCUUGCACCAAGCAAGGGACACACUCGUGAAUUUGAACGGCUACAAUUUACUCGCAGCUGAAAGCUGGGUCGGGCUUAUUGGACGAAUGGCAAGGACUGCCCACCGCACUACAGUAAGUCUACGCACUAUCCAAAGAUAUCAGUGCUUCUUGAGGAUGAGACUUGUGAAGCUGGCUCGAAAACUCGGGCCCCAGCUCUGA